UGAGUUAGUUCCGGGUUAUUGAAGAGAACUCAUUUAUGAAAGUGAUCACAAACUUUCCGGCACAGUGAAAUAUGGUUACUGCUGGAAGGGGAACUGGAUGAUGAAACUGAAAUUCUUGCAAUAUUGAAAUAAACAAGACCACAACAGGGUCCUCUCUUCAAAUUUAUGAAAAGGAUUUAGUCUCUUGUAUCAACCAUGGCUAAUACAGGAGACUGCUGUGCCAUCAUAAUGGCUGCAGGCUCAGGAUCGAGGAUGACUGAUCUGACCAACCAGUGUCCAAAGGCCUUGCUACCUGUGGGUCGAUUUCCUAUGAUAUGGUACCCUAUACGCUCUCUGGAGAAGGCAGGGUUUUCAGAUAUUGUGAUUAUUACAAGGAAAAGCUGGGAAAAACAAAUGCACAGCAUCUUGAGCGACAAGUCUGUGCCAAUUUUGGCAAGGCUUGAGAUAGUUAGCAUUCCGGACUCAGAAGACUUGGGCACAGCAGAUUCCCUGAGGCGUGUGGCUCCAAAAGUGAAGACAACGGCAUUGGUUGUGAGCUGUGAUCUUAUAUCGGACUGCGACCUCACAGACUUCAUGUCGGUGCACAGAAAACAUAACUCUUCCAUAACUGUCAUGUUGUCCCAGCUCCCUACCAGCAUUGUUGCAGAAACAUUGGUGCCAGGUUUCAAAUCAAAGCAGAAAAACGCAGCAUCUGAAAAAAUCUCUAUUGGAUUUGAAUCAAACAAUGAGGACCACAUUUUGUUUUGGAGGUCCCAGAUUGACAUGGAUUCUGAGUACUUGUCCCUGUCCAAAAGAUUCUUGGACAGGUUCCCCUGCACAAGAAUACAAAGCAAGUGGACUGACUGCCAUGUGUAUAUGAUAAACAAGUUUGUCAUAGAAUAUCUGAUUAACAGAAGUGACAUCAACUCCCUGCAAGGCGAGCUACUCCCCCAGGUUGUGAAAAAACAAAUGUCCACUCUGGUGAAAGACAAGUCGCAUGAGGAAGCGGACAUGACCACCACCGAGGAAGCUGAUAUGACCUCCGCCGAUGCUGAUAAUAAACCAGAGAAGAGGAAAGAUCUCAUUGACUACGUUGCAGGAUGUGAGUUUGACCUGACAAGGGAGGCAAAUUUCCUGUCCCUAACUAGCAGCAAUUUUGGUGCAAGCCCAGACAGCCCACAGAAGGACUUGAUCCGGUGCUAUGCAUACAGACAAACAGCAGGCUUCUGUGUGAGGGCUAACACCAUUGCAGCUUAUUUCGAAGCUUGUAAACAGAUCCCUCGACUGAUGCUCCAGUUUCUUGACAACAAGAGCAAAGGGACCAUGCCACCUGUGCCAGAGUCCACCUCAAUCAAGCCAAAGUCACAGGUUGGAGCAGAUUGUCUUCUUGGUGAAAAUGUUGAGAUCGGAGAGAAGGUUUCUAUCAAGAAAUCCGUCAUCGGAAGACACUGCAAGAUUGAUGAUAAAGUCAAGAUUACGAAUUCCAUCAUCAUGGAUCAUGUCACUAUUCUAGAAAGUUCAAACAUCAGUAACUGCAUCAUUUGUGACUCUGCUAAAAUUGGAGAUAAAUGUGAGCUCAACAGCUGCAUUGUUGGUCAGAAGCAGAGCAUUUCUACAAUGUCCAAGCAUGCAAAUGAGGCCCUAAGUUCGGUUACCCAGAUGAUGGAGGUGGCACUAGAAUGACAAUCGGAGACUCUGUGUGGUGUGAAGAAGUCUGUCUUGUGGUUUUGCAUCAUCCUACCUCUCUGCAUGAUGCCCUGCUUAUGCCUUUGGAGCGUCAGCGCUAGUGGACGACUCUGAGGACUUGUGUUUGUCUUUUGGGGAGCUCGGGGGUAAAUGUCCAUUAGCAAUUAGGGGAGAUUAGCUUUUGGUCAAUCAUAGUCAAGUUCAAAGUUGCUGAUUGACAGCACCAGUGGAAACAACAAUCUUCAUAGAACCCUUUUAUCUGAAGUUUCUAGUUGCACAACUGUUAUAGGCAUAGUGCAGUUAUAAGGGAGAGUUGACCAUUUUCUCUCAUUGGGAAAUAUAAGAUUCUAUAUAAACUUGAAAAUGUAUAGAGCAGAACAUCAUGAUGAUUUUAUAGCCUUGAAGUAGUAUCAAGAAUGCCUGAGAAUAACAGAAAUGAUUGCUUUAGGACUGGAAUGGAUGUUAAAAUGCAAUUAGUUAUUUUUCUUUUAGAUCUUUUCUGGAGGUUUUGUGUGCUUGAUCAGGUUGCAUGAUGUAAUAAACACUGGAAACGCGUA